AUGCUGCAGCAAGCAGCAAACCCCCUUAGAGCCUGGGGGCCCCUCUGGGGGCCCCUGAGGGUCUCCCUACGUCUUACACUUUUUGAGGGGGCCCCUGGGGCUCUAUCAGAUCGUCGAGGUUAUAUGGGGGCCCGCAGAUGGCCUGGAAGCAGCAGCAGCAGCAGCAGCAGCAGUAAUGACGGCAUCAGCAACAGCAGCAGCAGCGGCCGCAAGAACAGCAGCAACACCAGCAGCAGCAGCAGCAGCAGCAGCUUUCCUCCUGCUUCUUUCUCUAUCUUUGGUCUUACAUCAAUGGUAACAGUUAAACCCUCUCCUCCUACUCUAGAAACUAUCUCAAUAGGGGCCCCCCAAGGGGGCCCCCAGGGGGGCCCCCAGGGGGGCCCCCAGACGUAUACACGUGAGGGUGGUAUUAUAUUUUCAUUCUUACCGAAGUUAGCAUCACAGAAGACGUUUGAUAGAUCAGCGCGGCUGACUGUACUGCUAAAAGCUCGGCAUAUCGGGUGUCUGCUGAGGGGGGCCCCCCUGGGGGGCCCCCAAGACGAAGAAGGGGGCCCCCUCGAGGCCCCCUGCGGUUCAGGGUAUACGUUAAAGAUAUCACCACACUCUAGCAAACCAUUGACGCAUGUUUGCAUAGCACUAAUGCAGCAACAGCCUGAACCCCUGCAGCAUCAGCAGCAGCAGCAGCAACAACAGCAGCAGCAGCAGCAGCAGCAGCAAAGGAAAGCUGUACAUUUAGUUGCAUGCACAAGAGGAGAAUGGAACUCGCUGCAGCUGCUGCUGCAGCAAUCGCUCCCUCUUUUGUUUAACUGGAAUAGAGAGGCGCUGCAAGCAGCAGCAGCAGCAGCAGAAGAAGAGACAAACCCUAACCCUAACCUUUAA